AUGUCCAAUAGCACCUCCAUCAGGCACUUCCUCCUGCUGGCAUUGGCAGACACGCGGCAGCUGCAGCUCCUGCACUUCUGCCUCUUGCUGGGCAUCUCCCUGGCUGCCCUCCUGGGCAACGGCCUCAUCAUCAGCGCCGUAGCCUGUGGCCACCACCUGCACACACCCAUGUUCUUCUUCCUGCUCAACCUGGCCCUCAGCGACCUGGGCUCCAUCUGCACCACUGUCCCCAAAGCCAUGCACAAUUCCCUCUGGCACACCAGCAACAUUUCCUAUGCAGGAUGUGCUACUCAGAUAUUUCUGUUUGUAUUUUUCAUUUCAGCAGAUUUUUCCCUCCUGACCAUCAUGUGCUACGACCGCUACGUGUCCAUCUGCAAACCCCUGCACUACGGGACUCUCCUGGGCAGCAGAGCUUGUGCCCACAUGGCAGCAGCUGCCUGGGCCAGUGGCUUUCUCAAUGCUCUACUGUACACAGCCAAUACAUUUUCCCUGCCCCUGUGUCAUGGCAGAGCCCUUGGCCAGUUCUUCUGUGAGGCUCCACAGAUCCUCAAGCUUUCCUGCUCACACUCCACCUUUAGAAAAAUUUGGAUUUCAUUGGUUACUGUCUGUUUAGCUUCUGGCUGUUUUGUGUUCAUUGUUUUCUCCUAUGUGCAGAUCUUCAGGGCUGUGCUGAGGAUCCCCUCUGAGCAGGGACGGCACAAAGCCUUUUCCACCUGCCUCCCUCACCUGGCCGUGGUCUCUCUGUUCCUCAGCACUGGCUUUUUAGCCUACCUGAAGCCCCCCUCCAUCUUCUCCCCAUCCCUGGAUCUGGCCCUGUCAGUUCUGUACUCAGUGGUGCCUCCAGCCCUGAAGCCCCUCAUCUACAGCCUGAGGAACAAGGAGCUCAAGGCUGCACAGCAGCAGGGUACGCCCUGCCGAACCGAGGCAGAAACAAAGCCUCCCCCGCCGUGGAAUGCAGCCCCCACGCGGAGCAGAGACAGCAGCCACUCCACGCGGCAAGCCGAAACCGGGGCCCCCCCCGCCGUGCCGCGUGUGCAGAGAACACUCCCCACCCCGCACCAAGAGAGAUCCCCCGGCCACGUGGAAAGAGAGCCCCCCCGCACAGAGAAAGAGAGGGAGUCUCUCGACUACGUGUAG